AUGGACCAAAUCGAACUUCUGAAAAUCAGAAAACCCGUAACCCUAUUUUCUUCCCCAAAUCCCCAAAUCUGCUCGAACCCUAGAACCCUAAUCAUGUCCGAGAGCUCCCAGCUUAACGAUGAGUCCUACUGCAAGUGCUUACAGAGGUCAAUCAUAGUCACCUCUUGGACCAGCGAAAAUCCUGGUCGUCGUUUUCGUUCGUGCUCUGAAUACGAGAAAAUGAAGGAUGAAAAUAAAAUGUUGGUUUUAGAGAAUGAAAGGUUGCAGUUGAAGUUGCAAGAGGUAAGUUCGAAAAUGAAGGAUGAAAAUAAAAUGUUGGUUUUAGAGAACAAAAGGUUGCAGUUGAAGUUGCAAGAGGUAAGUUCGAAAAUGAAGGAUGAAAAAAAAAUGUUGGUUUUAGAGAACAAAAGGUUGCAGUUGAAGUUGCAGAGGAACUCAAAGACUACAUUUUGGUUUUGGUUACUUGUUGGAGUAGUAUCUGUGUACUUGUACUUGUUUUCAAAGAAGCAGUGUCUCCAACAUCUUUUCUUCUUCUGGUUGAAGGUCUGCCAGCCCCCCUCCCAAAGUUGGGUGACUCAACCUCAAAACUCUCAUCCUCACUAUCAGAAUCAGAUUGCAACCUAA